AUGCCAUUUGGAAUCAACAAUCCAUUUCCUACUUCUGUAGCCAGCGAGUGCAAGAAAGCGGGAAAGGUCCUCGCAUCUUUCAUAGACCCACGGCAAUCUUUUGGCCCAGACAAGGUUAUACCACCUCAAAUCUUAGCCAAUGCAAAGGGUCUUGCUAUCAUCACAGUCCUCAAAGCCGGCUUCCUAGGCUCAGGUCGUUUCGGUUCCGGAAUUGUCAUCGCCCGUCUCUCGGAUGGUACCUGGUCAGCGCCGUCAGCCAUUGCGACAGGCGGCGGUGGCUUCGGUGGACAAAUAGGAUUCGAGCUCACUGACUUCGUCUUCAUUCUAAACGAUGCAGCUGCCGUUCGCACAUUCUCUCAGAAAGGUUCACUCACGCUCGGCGGCAAUGUGUCCAUCGCCGCAGGACCCAUUGGACGCAAUGCAGAAGCUGCAGGAGCAGCCAGCUUGAAGGGUGUGGCAGGGGUGUUCUCGUACUCGAAAACAAAGGGUCUCUUCGCUGGUGUCAGUCUGGAAGGAAGUGUCCUGAUCGAACGUCGCGACGCAAACGAGAAACUCUACAACAGCCGUAUCACGGCAAGCCAGUUGCUUGAGGGCGGUGUCCGCCCUCCUCCAGCCGCAGAACCUCUCAUGCGGGUUUUGAACUCCAGAGUCUUCGCCGGAGUAUCGCCAUCAUCUUCAGACGCUAUGUACAACGACAUCCCCAUCUAUGAUGACAGUCACGACAACGUCGUCUGGCAAGGCGGUUCAGGCCGUGGCUACAAUGAAGGCGUGCGCACAAAUCGCACCGGAUCUAUGGCAAACGACUACGAAUACAACGAGGCUCCGAAACGGGCCAGUACCUGGAACGAUGAAGUCUAUGAUCGGCCACCCAAUAGCGGAGGUCGAAGCCGGACCAACACUGUGGGAGAGGACUAUUCGUACAGCGACUCACCGAAGCCUGGCAGACCUACCGCGCCGAAGCCGAAGUUCACACCAAAGCCGAUGGCGGGAGCGACGGGGAAGGAUCAGGCCAUUGCGCUGUUUACCUUUGAUGCGGAUCAGUCUGGUGACCUAGCCUUCAAGAAAGGAGAGAUUAUUACGAUCACAAAAAGAACGGAGAAUGCAUCGGACUGGUGGACGGGGACAAUUGGGAACAGGACGGGGAUCUUUCCUAGCAAUUACGUGGAAGCUGUCUAG